AUGUAUACAACAACUGCAACCGCCAUUAAACCGGAGCCGAUUUAUCCGAUUAAUUCAACAAGGACCCAAUCGCCUCCAAUUGUUAUACCUCACCCAAUUGCUCAUCAUCCAGGAAAUUAUCAAUACUCAAGACAACAACAAUAUUCUCUCCAACCAUUCUCACGUCCAAGUUCACUUCGCAUUCACACUUAUUCUCAUACUGGGGAGAAACCAUUUGUAUGUACUGAACCUGGAUGCGGACGUAAAUUCUCUGUACAAAGUAACAUGCGUCGUCAUCUACGCGUACAUCGACUGGGUCGACCUGUAAAGAAAGUUCGCUAUGAUGGUGAAGUUGAAGGAGUCAAGGUGAUGAAUCCGGGCUCACGGACGUGCUAA